GAAACUUGCGAGUGUUCAUAUCUAAAUAUUCACUAUUUUGUCGUUAAAACUAUUAAAAAAUGUCUUACAAAGUGGCUAUAAGAAGUUUCAAGACCCUUACUUAUGUGGGAAGUUAUAAAAAACUAAGGGACCGACCAGUACCUUACUACUGUGCAGCAUUACUAGGAGCUGGAAUAGUCACCUACAAUCAAUACAAACAAAACAAAUAUAGAGCAGAAGCAAAGGAGAUAAUGCAGCUGAGGAACUACAUGGCUGAACCUAUCACUCCAAUCAGCCAACUGGAGAAAACUCAGGAUGAUAUGAAGGCACAGAUGGAGAUGCUUAUAAUGAGGAUACAAGCAGAGUUCUGUAGGGCUUUGGAAAAAGAGGAGGAUGAGGCAUGGAAUGACGAAAAAACAGAAGACGAAUAUGACUAUGAAAAUGAUAUAUUUCUACCUUCACCGGAAGCAAAGUUCAAAGUGGAUCGUUGGACACGAAAGGAGGGCGGGGGUGGGAUUACAUGUGUCUUACAAGAUGGUAGGGUGUUUGAAAAGGCUGGUGUAAACAUAUCUGUCGUCUCGGGUAAGUUGCCGCCUGCUGCCGUUCAGCAAAUGAAAAGCAGGGGUAAAAACUUUGAGAACAAAGAGCUACCAUUCUUCGCGGCUGGCGUGAGUGCCGUCAUCCACCCGCGAAAUCCCAUGGUGCCCACCAUACACUUCAACUAUAGGUACUUCGAAGUCGAGGAUAAGAAUGAGGUCCACUGGUGGUUCGGAGGUGGCACAGACUUGACUCCCUACUACCUCAAUGAAGAAGAUGCGAUACAUUUUCACAUGACGCUCAAACAUGCCUGCGACGCCCAUGAUGCCAGCUACUAUGAAAAGUUCAAGAAGUGGUGUGACGAUUAUUUCCACAUUCCUCACCGCGGGGAACGGCGUGGAGUUGGCGGAAUAUUUUUCGACGAUGUCGAUCAACCAAACCAACAGUCUGCUUUUGAAUUCGUAACAUCAUGCGCCGAAGCAGUAAUACCCAGUUAUUUACCAAUAGUUCAAAAACACAAGGAUGACGCCUACGGUUAUUACGAACGUCAGUGGCAGCUGCUUCGCAGAGGUCGUUACGUGGAAUUUAAUCUGAUUUACGACAGAGGCACUAAAUUCGGACUCCAUACACCUGAAGCAAGAUACGAAUCCAUUCUUAUGUCGCUUCCUCUUAAUGCCAAAUGGGAGUACAUGCACGAACCAAAGCCGAAUUCACCUGAAGCAAAAUUAAUGCAAGUUCUAAAGGUGCCAAGAGAUUGGCUGCUCAUACAAAAAUCAAAAAGUUCAACAACGUAACUCAUACAAUAGUGUUUAAAUAUGUCUAGAGUUAAAUAAAAAUAAUUAAGUAAACUUCAGAAGAGCUCUAUCCAGUCUUUUGUUGUUAAGUAUGAAUAGUCUUCAUUAAAAUAUGACAAAGAUUUCUCAUGUACUCGUGAGCUCUGGUUAUGUAGACAUGGUUGCGGGAUAUCGGCAAGAUUUUUAAAAAGUUUUAAUAAUGAGUAUUUAAAUUUAUUUUUUAUAAACCUUAAUAAAUUAUUUACAGUUU